AUGGUGGCAAGAGCAGAUUGCAUAGGUUGCAAGGUCAGAUGGUUCACGGCUGCAAAAAGACUGCUUUAUGGAAGGUCGAGUAAGCUGAAGUCUGAUCCCUUGUGCCUUGAGACGGGACCACUGCAAAAAAUGCUGUGUGAGAGUGUGGUUGGAGGUGCUCUUGAUCACAUAUUGUCCCCCCCACCUAUGCCUUUUCGAAAAUCCAGUGGUCCUGAAGUCUCUUCUGGCCCUGGAAAGUCUUCUAAAUUUAAGAGGCAGCUGAGUGAAGAUGGGAGACAGCUCAGAAGAGGAAGCCUUGGAGGAGCUCUGACUGGCAAAUACCUGCUUCCCAAUGCAACUGGACAGCAGCUGUGGCAACCUGCAGAAACCUCUAAUCUUGUUCGCAUGCGCUACCAAGCGCUUGGGCAGUCAGCGCCUUCACUUACUGCUAGUUUGGACUCUGUCCUCAGGAGAACAUGGGUGUAUGAAGCAUAA